CUAAUUUGCAUAUAGCCCGCGAUUCUUGAAAUUUAAUUUCACAUGAAACUAAUUUGACGACGCGGCUUUAUUCUCAACUCACUCUCUCAAGGUAGCACCACGUCACAUUUGGAACAGAGAAGUAAGGGAGAUUUAGAAGAUCUCAAGUAACAGCAUAUUUCCCAAGAAAUCAUGAACACAGAAAAGAGCGCAUCCACAAUGACCCCAUUGGCAUCCUCCAAUGGCAGGAAAGCAGUGCGGAAGGCAAAGAAGUUCUCAGACAGUUCGAGUUCUCCCUCAAGGAGAAAGUCAUUGCAGCUACUCCAGCCAGUAGCCGGUGCCCAGUCACAGCUAGUGGGGUCAGAUGGGGUUAUAAGACUCACCAAGCAGACGAGUAAGACCCCCAAAAGGAAGUUAGCAAGCGAUGGAAAGAGUCAACCCAAGAAAGUUUUCCGUUCCGAUGGAGGGAAGAACUUUACCAUCUUUGAGGAUACAUCCAACUCAUCAUCAUCAUCAUCCUCACCAACACCCUCAGCUGAGCAGGAGGUGCUAGACAUGAUGACCGGGCCUGAGCCCACAGGCAAAUACUGGGAAGAACUGGCUGAAGAGAGGAGAGUUGCACUGGAGGAAACACUCAAGGAGAAUGAGAAGCUCUUCAUUGAGAACAGUGAGCUGAAGGAGGAGAAUGACAAACUCAAGGUCAUGGCCGACCAGGCAGAAUACCUUGCUGAUGUUGUAGAGACCCUGAUGAAUAAGAUGGAGUCAUCUCCUCAGAAGACGCUCGAAAGCAGAGACAAUGUUGGUACAUCCGGGUAUGAUGACAACACAGAGACUGAUCAUGAUCAGGGUAGCGACGAUGAAGAGGAAAAGGACAUUGAUGAGGAGGAUGAGGACGAGGUGUUUGUUCACAAAGAGGACAUCGAGGAUGAUGCAAAAGAAGUUGGAGAGUCGAUAGCCACUGAAGGAGAGGAAGAUGAAGUAUAGCGUGAGGCAAUUCAAACAAACUGAGAGCAUCUGGAACUUCUGACUUGUUUCCCAUCUUGCAAUAUUAGAAACUGACAGCGGAGAUGAUGUAAGGUGCUUUGAAAGGGUUAACAACUAUGAUAGGACAUGAAGAACAAUUAUAGCUUUGAGGGAUUAAAUAGAAACUGACAACGUUUCAGAAAAUUUUGUGUUUGUGCACCCCAUCCAGGAACAUUAGGAACGGACAAACGGAUGAUGCAAAAGCUGACAACUAUCUAAGAACAAGGAUCUGCUAUACAUUUGUAGCUUCAGGGAGAGAAAACAGUCUUAACUUUUCAUGACUUGUGUGCUAAUUUGAGAAUAUCAGGGACUCCCAGUGUAGAUGGUACAAAUGACUUCAACAACAAUCAAAGCAGGGAAGGAAGAUGAAGUAAAGCUUCAAGGGAUUCAAAACAAACAGGACAUUUUAAACCUUUGCUUACAGAAACCUGGUGGUCCUGAGAACCGAGAGACCUUUGAAAUAUUUACCCCAUCUGCGGGCAGAUGUAGCAGCAGAGUGAACAAGAAUUGCUAAUUUUAACUUAUUUUAACAAGUUGUGUCUUGUAAAUAUUUGUUACUAACUUUAACACUUUAUUUUCAUUUCAUGCAAUUAUUGACGUUAAGGAUGUGUGGUCUGCAGGCAGAUUCAGUAAGGAUAACUUCCUAAGUUCCUCGGGUACUCGUCUUUUUAAACAGUAAUUCUACUUUUUUGUGUGUGUUUGUAAUGUUCACAGCUUAGUGGUAUAAUUUACAGGGACAUUUUUUUAAAUAUAGAUGGGGAUACAUUGUAUUUGAUAAACAGGAAGAAAUGGUUAUUAAGUUGGUAAUUGUUUUAGAAGACAGUUAUCACACUGACAUGGAAGAGGAGGAAAAAUUAAAAAUAUACAUUUUGAUGGUUAAGCAUACUGUACAUGUACAUGUCAAUUCGUACUGUCCUCCCAUUAUUUAUAUCUCUCUGUUUCUGUGAAAAGUAUGGUAAGAAUCUUUUCUUUAAAAAAAUUAAUUUGGUCAUUGAAGAAGAAGAGAAAAGGACUUUUUAAGUGUUAUGCAGGUUUCUCGUGCAGAUAAGAAUACAUUAUUUAGUUUCCAGACAACAACCACAAAACUUUUGCGAAGCUUCUCAGGAACUUGAAAAAGUGUUGAAAUAGGACAAACUGCACUUUUUCUGUUAAUAUUCAAACUUUUGUUGACAAAAUGAAUGCAUGUUUUCUCAUGUUCAAGAUUGAAAGAAAAAAAGAGGAAACAAAUUGUGUAAUUUACCUUGACUUUUGAGUUCAUUAAAUCCUUUUUUUUUAAAUGUUGAUUUAGGCUUACAACAAUUACAUUGUAGUUGUGAGUUCUAUCCAAUUUUACCAUAGAGGGGGUACUUCCACUCAUCCCUAAUUUCCUUGUUCAGUGUGCUGUAUUCAUGUGAUAUAACAUUUCCAUACCAUGGUAUUAUUUGAAUUAAUCUAAUGGAUAUUACAAUGUAUGUACUAUGAUUUCUUAAUUGCAAUGGGUCCAUGGCUUUUAUGUAAUGUUCACAUUUUUUCUUCUUACUGAAUCCAUGUUUGUGCCUGAUUUCAACUCAAAAUGUUACAAUGAGAAGUGAGAAAUUUCUGGGUUUUUUUUUUUUUUUUUUUACUUUAAUCAGAUUAAAUCAUACUACAUUGUACACUGUACAUGUUGUAAUGAUAACUUUAAGAUGCUCCAAUAUAAUUUUCAGUGGGGCAUGAGAAAUUAAAACAAGUACCAAAUUACAUUGUUGUCUAAAAACAAAUUGUAAUGGAAAAAGAAAAGACACUGAGUCUUCAUAAUGCAUUUUUUUUUUAAACUGACAUAUGAAAUCAGAAUACUUUUCAGUUUCCUGUAUUAACUUUUUCCAGUUUCAAGCUGCCUGUUAAACCUAUUCUUCCAAUUUUUCUCUGUUUUUAUUUCUUCCACUUCAUAAUGUUAAUAAACAGCAGUAAAUAUUGUGCAUCUGACUGUUCCGUUUAAUUUAAUGUGCUCUCAUUUUUGUUAGCUAUUUUAUUAAUGAUUUCAGAUGAAAUAAUUUUUAAUAAAUUGACUGAAUCCUAAAUUGUGUACAAGUAUAGUUUUAUGUUCUUUGAAAAUGAUACUUGUCAAUUAUCAAUUAACAUUAAAAGUAUGUGUUUAUUCUA